AUGCGCACCAGUAGCAGAAGUGCGGCGACAGCAGGAGGCAAACGGGGGGAGGCAAGGCCAGGGCGCGGGACAGGGUACGGCGGGAGUGCGGUAGGGUGCGGCCAGGGCUUGCGCGAACGCGACCAGUGGCACGAUGAGCAGAGCUCCGGCCAGGACAAUGGAACGGCGUCCUACGGCACUGAAUCGACGGGGGGUAGAGGGGGAUUUGGUGGAGAAGCUCACUGCGAGCCUGUAGAGGUGCUAAGUGGGCUCGGGGAGGGCUCGACGACGCUGGAAUCGAAGAUGAACGCCGACGGUGGUCCGACGAAGGGGAUGGAUGAUUCCGGCGGCUUGGCGAUUCCCCGGCUUGAGCUGCUCCUCGGGGACAACGUGGACGACGCAGGCGAUGCCCUAGACACCUCCGAGCGGCGCGGGGUCGACGAGGGGCGCGCGGACGCCGGUGGUCAUGGCGGCGAUGGCUCCGUCGAGCUCGGGAUCGGGCAAGCGAGAGCGAGGGGUGAGAGGGAAAUGGCUAGGUUUUCGUUGGGGGUGUCGAGGUGCGGCCUUAUCCACCCAGGGAGCCGCGGGAUGGCCGACAGCGCGACAUCCACGACGUGGACGGCGUACGAGCAUUGCCAGCGCCAUGGCCUCCCUGCUCUGUUCAAGUGGUAG